AUGAAAUACAUCCUAGUUCCCAUAUCGACGGUGGGAUGUGGGAAAUCCACCACUUUCCGUAUUUUGACUUCACUACAUCCCGAUUGGGCCCAUGUGGAAAACGACAGCUGCUCAUCGAAGAAUAAUUUCUACCACAAAUUGAGCGACGCUAUAAAGAAGACAAAUGUUGUUCUUUUAGACCGAAACAACCAAUUGAGGAAACAACGAGCGGAGAUCACCAGCAAAUUUGCUGCUCCAAAUGUGUGUCUAAUUGCGCUAGAGUUUGUAGAGUCGCAAAUGCCCAAGAAAGAGCUCUGGGAUUUGACUUAUGAUCGAAUGAGAAGGCGAGGCGACAACCACCAGCAGAUCAAGUCAAAAAGUAAUGUGGGGAUGACAAAGAUGAUUGUGAGUCGAUUUGUUAAGGAAUAUCAACCGUUUAAUCCAGAGAAUGAAGAAGAUCUGCAGUAUUUACAUCUUCAAAUGACAUUAGGUGGACAGCUGUCGUUGGAGAAUGCCAGGCGGAUUCUCCAGUUUUUGCAUAGUAUAGACCCAGGAAUCUUUACGGGAAUGCCCAGCGAGGAGGCUCUCUGGAGCGCAUAUAGACAAGCACUAGCAUUCCAGGUUCCCGAGAGUGAGAAGAGUGACAGCAAGAGAGACAGGCAGGGAAGAGAUAACAAGAAAGCAGGAGAAAAAGAUAGGAGUGAUAAUGAAGCUCAAAGGAGGAAGAAGCCGAGGAAGAAGACGAAUGUACAGAAGGGAGGGACUGUGAAGAAAGACGAGAAGAAAGACGAGAGGAAAGACGAGAAGAAAGACGAGAAGAAAGACGAGAGGAAAGACGAGAAGAAAGAAGUGAAGCAGGUAGACUAG